AUGUCGCACGAUCCUUUGCAGCUUGUGCUGAGCGCGAGGAAAAACUCCAGCGAAUACGUUGAAAACGUGAGGAAAAAAGUCUUAGGAAUCAACUUGGGCGUCUACAUCUGCAACGCCCAACAGCUCUCGGCAGGCGGCGAACUGGGCAUGCAGAGACCACCUUAUUUCAUCAGUGAGCCUCCCGCAUUAUUCGAGUACACAGCGGAUAAAGGCGCCGAAAUCCAUUGUAUAGCGGAUGGGAUCCCGAAACCCGAAAUCGUCUGGAAGCGACUCGACGACACUGAGGUGGAGUCGAGCGAUUCGGGCGUUUUAUUACUUCAUCCGAUUUCGGCUGCCAUGUACAACCAGUCUGUGUACAGCGGAUACUACCGAUGCGUCGCUCACAACUCUCUCGCUGUGAUUGCGUCUCGCCUAGUCAAGGUGUUAGCAAUUUUCGACACAGAAGAGACAUUCGUCGACGUGCAAGACGGUGUCGCAAUUAGGGGAAAUACUGCCAUUUUGAGAUGUCUAUACCGAGGAGAGAACGCCGAAUUCACGUGGAUACGCGACGACGGACUCCUAAUUUCGGCGCAGCAACAGCACAACGAUCGCUAUCAAGUGUUGGCCUCUGGCGAGCUGCUCAUUCACAAAACUAAUAUGGCCGACAAGGAUCGUACCUACAGAUGUCGUGUUCAGGACACGGUGACGAACCGGAUACUGGUCAGCGCGAAGCCGGCCUCGGCCCACAUUGUCGAUCUCCAGAACGAAGUUCCACCUCGCGCGGAGCUUGUCCCGAAAGAGCUAUCCAGACCAUCAAACUCGCGACCAAUCAGCGUCCCUUGUGUUUUUUCGGGAAAUCCGACGCCGAACGUAACAUUUUUCGUGAGGGACGGACGCAAGAAAAUACCUCUAGCAAACAACCCGAGCUACACCGUCGAGUACAACGUCGUAACCUUCCGACCGAGUCACGAGGUCGUCAUCGAGUGCCGAGCGAGGAAUACUGUCAGCGAGACGAAAGCUGAAAUCGUCAUCUCGGGUCCAAGAGAACGCAUAGUUGUCACCCUCGAUCCUCCUCAUCAAGUCAUCGACAUUUUGACAACAGCCACGUUCAAAUGCCGCACCAACGCCUCGUACUCGAGCAUCGGCUGGAUGCACAACGGAUAUCCCAUCGACUCGAGUUCACGGUUCAGCAUUCACAAAACGAAGGAAGGGAGCUCGCUUACUAUUCAUCGAGUCACGAUGGCCAACUCCGGCAUCUACCAGUGUAUGGUGUCGACGACGUCCCUCGUCCAAGUCGCCCAGGCAUCAGCGGAGCUCAAUGUACUGGGCACUCAGCCCAUCUUCUUCGAGACGUUCAAGUCGACUGUUUUGGAAGAAGGCCACUCGCUGGUUCUCUCCUGUAAGGCUAAAGGUAUUCCCGCACCGACCAUCGAAUGGUUCGUGGAUGGCGUUCGGUACUCCAACGUGCCUGACCUCACAAUUCCAAGGGUCGACGUCUCGAACGCCGGAUUUUACACCUGUGUCGCAACCAACGAACUCGGGAGCAACAGCCACACCGCCCGCGUUGAUAUCUACGGCAAGAUCCAGAGGAAAGUUGCAGCCAAAUCGCUCACCGUAACUCAAGGCAGCCGCGUCGAGGUGUUCUGCUCGUACGCCGGCUAUCCGAUAGACUCCGUCACCUGGAUGAAAGAAAACAUCAAACUGAACUCAUCGGCGCGCCACAUGAUCCGAGAAAAUGGAAUUCUCGUCAUCGAUCAGCUCCAGGCGGGGAGCGACGCGGGUGAAUACGUAUGCGUCAUCGAGGGACCCAGCGGGAAGAUCACAUCGAAGACACUUCUUGAGUUCAAAGUUCCUCCACAAAUCGACACUCACUUCUUCCCGCGUAAGAUUGAAGUUGAAGAAGGUUCGCGAGCCCGACUACUCUGCUCCGUUUCGAAAGGGGACACGCCGAUCAGGAUCAGCUGGAUGCGACACGGCAAGAUCCUCGAUACCGUUCCGGAGGGCAGCGUUCAGUAUUCGGACGACGCUGCGAUGAUAAAGUUCAAGAAAGUUCGUUUCGACGAUCGCGGAGAAUACAGCUGCUUCGCCUCGAAUCAAGUAUCCUCCGUCAACCAAACAACCAUGGUCAAUGUAAUGGUGCCGCCGAGAUGGGCCUUGAAUUUCCCCCAUACAAACUUCACAUACGCGAUCCAAGGCCGACCCUUCCGGAUAGACUGCCCGGCGGAAGGUUACCCAACGCCGGUAGUAUCGUGGAGCAAAUCAGCUGAUGGCUCCCUGUUCAACGAGAUCCUGCUGUCGAGGAGAGUUUCCGUCCACGCCAACGGAAGUCUGAUAUUCUCUUCGGUGUUCGCCGAUACCGAUGCCGCAUUGUACCGCUGUGAGGCGCGCAAUGGAGUUGGAUCGCCGAAAAAGAUGACUAUUGAGCUCAAAGUGGAACGCGGUCCCGAGUUCAGUGAAAUAUACCAGAGCAUCAGCGUAGAGAAAGGAGCACACCUGACGGCGCUGUCUCACGUGACGGCAGCCAACAGCAAGACCAAGUUUUUCUACGAACGCAAUUUCCAGACGUUCGUCUGUGAACCUCAGAGAUGCAAGAUCGUGACAAAUGCCUCGAGUGCCGUCAACCUCACCAUCAAAGAAACGAAACGGGAAGACAGUGCUCUCUAUGUUUUCCGUGCGCAGAACUCCUUCGGGGAAGACUACACUUUCGUCAACGUAGUUGUGCAAGAACCACCUGAAACGCCGCGAGAGUUGGCCGUCUACGAAGUUUUCGGGAGAAACACCACCCUGCGAUGGAAUCAGCCUCUCUUUGACGGAAAUAGCCCCGUGCUCUCGUACAUCAUCCAAUACAAGCCCCACAUAGAGAACAUGGGCCACUCGUUCAGCUCGGUCGAAGUUAAUGGAACUUCACUGCGGGCUGUGCUGAGUCCCCUGGAACCGAUACAGCAGUAUGAGUGCAGAAUCGCGGCUCGCAACGCCCUCGGUCAGAGCAGUUUCUCGGAUUCGAUUAUUUUCACCACGAAGGAGGAACCUCCGUCAGGAUCUCCAACUGCUAUCGCAAUCCACGCGACCGGCUCUCAGUCGCUCAAAGUCACCUGGAGGGCCCCACCGAGAUCCGAUCAGAAUGGAAUCAUUCUGGGCUAUUACAUCGGCUACCGUCUGGCGGACAGCUCGGACGACACGUAUCAUUUCAAGACGACGCACGCUUCGCAAAACAACACGUUCGAAUCGACUUACCUUACCAACCUCCGACGGCAGACUCGGUACUUGAUCGUCGUCAAGGCGUUCAACCGAGCUGGAGUAGGUCCGCCGAGUGAGGAUCUCAUCGCCCAAACUCUUGAGACAGCACCACCCACGUCGCCUUCAAUCGAAGUCGAGAGCGGCAGUGCCACGAGCGUAAUCGUCCGCUGGAACACGAAUCAACUGGCUCCGAAUACCGACUACACAUUGAAUUACGCCUCGGACAAGAACGACUGGCGAAAAGUGAAGUUGUCGGUCGACCAGUCGACCCACGUCGUUUCCGGGCUUGCCUGCGGUACGUCAUACCGAUUCUACGUGAUCGCCUCGAACAGCCUCGGCAUGGGAGAACCAGGAGCCGAGGUUCAGGUUCGCACGAGCGGAGGACCGCCGGUUUCGCCCCACAAGCAGUUUAUCGUGGCCAAUAGCUCGAGUGCCACUCUACUGCUGGACACUUGGCGUUCGACGGGAUGUUCCAUAAACACGUUCAGCAUUCAGUACCGGAAGAGAGGGACUCGCAAUUGGUACAUUCCGGGAGAUACAAUUUCGGGCAGUAAUGAACGCUACACGAUUACCCAGCUGAGUCCUGGAGUGAGUUACGAGGUCAAGGUUGUGGCCACGAGCGACGCAGGAGCAACCAGCCAGGACUAUCAGUUCACCACCCUUCACUCAGGAAUGACCUCGUUGGAGUCUUCGCUGCAGGACUACGCGGCGUCAUCGUCGAUGAUGCACAAUCGCUACACGACCCUAAUCGUACAGGUCUCGCUGACUAUCGCCAUCACAGGCGGCAUCUUCCUUUUGUGUGCCCUUGUAUUGUUCUGGUAUAAAAAGAAGAGCCAAACCACAAACAUGGCGUCCACCCCUCAGAUGACUCACAACAAACGGAAGCCAGAUUUCGCCGAGGAUUUAUACUUAUUCCAAGAGAUACCGCAUUUAUCAUCGAGUAAGAGAUGCACACUGCCUUACCAAGACACCGAGUCGCCCAUCAUGCAAUGCGUGCACGAACAAGAUGAUCCAAAACUUUCAUCGAUGGGAGUGAUGAGUCAAUGCGGGACUCUCCACAACGAAGAACACAUUUACGCUACGGCAACGAUGCCAGGUUUCCACGGUCUCUCACAAAAGCUGACUUGCUCCACUCGCUGCUAGCAGACGCUCAGGCGACCGACAA